ACUUCCUCCUCCCACCUCCUUAUCUCCCUUCACCAUUUUAGCCUUCUCUUCAUCCUCUUAUCUUCUCCCUUAUCUUCCCACUUCGUCCCCCCCUUCUCUAUCUCUCUCUCCCACCAUUUUAACCUUGACUUCUUCCUCCUCUCUUCUUCUCCAUUUCUGCAAAAAUGAACUAUAACAGAGGAGCCUAUAACCUCUCCUGCCACUCUCACCCAAACAAACUGAUAGUUGGAAUCUGUUCUCUUUGUCUGAAAGAGAAGCUCCUCAUCUUAGCUUCAAAACAGGAGUAUCAGAGCAGCCCUUUCAGAAGUCAGAAGAAGAAGAUCGCCACCGUCGCCGGAAAGUUUCCAAACCUCUUUAAACUGAGCCCAUUUCCGGCCACCCUCUUCGAUCACCACCGUCCAAAACUAGAUCCUAUUUCUCCUUCAUCUGAUCAGAGCUCCUCCAUUCUUAGCCUUGAAGAUUCAUUUAUCUCUAUAAAGUUCAAUGGUGGUGAGCUCACGAGGAAGGAAGACAGGAGCGAUGUGGAUGAUGGAAGCCAGAUAAGCAUGCUGAGGUGGCGAAAGCGGAUUCGUUAUGUCUACAACUUGGCGCAAUGGACGUGGCCCAAUAAAAAAGCGAAGAAGUGCCAUGUGGAAGUGGGUGUGAAUGAGCGAGUUGUGUAACGAUUUUGAAUUGCUUCAACACCAUUGAUCGAGUAUCCAUCACAAUUUUAAUGUAUGAGAUCAUAUUCCAUUAUAAGACCUUAAUAAUGAUUUGUAAGGGUUUUAAUUAAAACUAACUAUGAUUGUCAAAGACUAA